UUGCACUGCUGCCACCUUCUGGAGUCAGGUAACUCCUAGCGUGCAGCAUUUCGGAUUUUCUUCAUCAAUCAUGUUCUCAUUCGGGAAUAGUUACACUAUUAGGCUACAAGUUCUUCUAUAUUCAUUUAUCGUUUUAUCGCUUUUUUUCUUCUCGCAGGCUUUAUCCAGGUAACUGGCUAAUUUGAAUGAUUCAUAUAUGAGCAGCCAACUCACUCUUUAUGCAUCAUCCAUAUUUACAGUUUAAGUCAAUAUCUGUUUUAAUCUUACUAAACAAAAUAUUACACAGGUCUCAGUAAAAAGGGCAAUGGAGAACAAAACAUAACUCAUUUUCUAUAUGAUUCAGACAGCACAUUUCAGCAGCAAGUGUUAUAAUAGCACAUGGCACACAGAUCUUUGGUUUUGAAGCUAAGCUCUGAUAAACAGCUCCCUCAGUGUGUUUGUCUCACAAACGGCAUGUGAGCCUCAUAUACAGUAUGUUAUGGCUUGUUCUACCACAAAUAAUGUGGCUGAUUGCAAACAUAAAAGACAGAGGUUGUAAAAUACAACAUUGUACACACUGCACCCAUAGGUCAUGUACAUAAAAGUAGAUAUGGUCACAAGUAGACAAAGGCAGUUUGAGAACCAGUGCCAUAGUUCACAAGAAAGAAACAGGUUCACAGAUGUACAGAUGUGCCUCUCUUCAAACGAUACAUGUUGCAGGGACGUAGUGCUACAACAUUCUAGACUCUGUACUUUAGAUUUACUAAAUCUAGAUUUAGUACUUUAAAUAUCAUUGAAUCAUUAUAGUCUAAUAGACUACAGUUAUUACUUCUAUAAAUCAAAAAUAUUGUUAAUGUCAUAAUCAGCCAAUGGUUUCAGAUCUGCAAGCAACACCAAAUUGCUUUUAAAUCUCCAGCAGCAUAUGAACCCCGCCCAUUCCCAUUCUCACUGAAGUGGUACAAGCAUCACAGAUCCUCAGCGUCAGAUCAAGCCCAUAUAAAAGACGUACUCUCCACUUCAGCCACAGCAGAUGAAAAGAUCUGCCUGAGCCAGCACUAUCUACAAUGUAAGUCUGUUUUAUGAAAUGUCUUCCAAGGGACUUAACGGCAAGUUUUCAGUCUAAAAAGGUUGGUGGAUGAAGAAUUAUUUUUUAAAGAAUAGAUGUAUUUUUAAAGUUUCUGAUGUGGGAAACUGGGAAUAAAUCAAAGUUCACUUUAUUCCCUUAAUUAUUUUUCAUUUUGGUCUUUUAAUAUAAAGAAACAUAUCUUGUAAUUUUUCUCUGACGAUAUCAAUGUUCUCACUGCUAAAGAGGAAAGAAGCAACAGUAUUUUCCAGUCAACAAAAUGAAGAGACUCAAUCUUCUGAUGCUGUGUUCUUGAAUGGAUGCAAUUAAUACACUGCUGGCAAGCAAAGCUUCCGAGCCUCCUCACAGAGCACUGUUCGGACAUUAUCGACACCACAGCUCAUCCUGAUGGGUUGUUUUAUCUUCACCAGAGAAAAUGAGACUUUGUCUGUCAGGCACCCUUAUACUGUGCAGACCUCUGUGCCUCUAACGAUCCUGGUUGGUAUCCUCAUCCUGCUAACUGUCUUUGGCAAUGUCAUGGUAGUAAUUGCUGUGAUCACAAGCCGAGCCCUGAGAGCACCUCAGAACUUGUUUUUAGUCUCUCUGGCAUGUGCAGACAUCCUGGUUGCCACCUUAGUGAUGCCAUUCUCUUUAGCGAAUGAGCUGAUGGGUUACUGGUACUUUGGUAAAGUGUGGUGUGAAAUCUACCUGGCUUUGGAUGUGCUCUUCUGCACCUCAUCCAUCGUUCACCUGUGUGCCAUCAGCCUGGACAGAUACUGGUCCGUAACUCAAGCGAUUGAGUACAACCUGAGAAGGACACCACGCAGGAUUAAAUGCACAGUCUUCAUAGUUUGGGUACUGGCUGCCAUCAUUUCAUUCCCACCGCUUAUCACAAUGAAAAAGAAUGAGGGGAACAAGGACAGCCCUGAUUGUAGAAUUAAUGAGGAGAAAUGGUACAUUUUAUUCUCCAGCACAGCCUCCUUCUUUGCACCCUGCAUCAUCAUGAUUAUGGUUUAUGUUAGAAUCUACCAGAUUGCCAAGAAAAGAACAAGAGCCUCGCCAGGUGAAAGGCAAAGAGAAAAUGGCAACUUAGAGGACACAAAGUGUGGUCUGGACCCCCUGGAGAGAAAAGACAGAGGAGGGAGGGAAGUGGAAGAGGGGGACGGCAGAGAAAUCAAUGGGUUCGACAUGGAGGAAGAACCCUCCUCUUCGGAUGGGAAUGAAACCAUGCUAUGUUCCCUGAAGAAAAAGAGGGGUCUAAGGACAGUCAAAGUGGCUCAGGUGAGGCCUGGAGAAACCUCUCCAAAGCCAGAUGUGCAGCCCUGUGUGAGGGUGAGCAAGUGGAAAGGAAGGCAGUACAGAGAGAGGCGCUUCACAUUUGUUUUGGCUGUGGUUAUGGGAGUGUUUGUUCUCUGCUGGUUCCCCUUUUUCUUCACAUACACACUUGCUGCUUUGUGUCACCUCUGCUGCGAAGGACUUCCAGAGACACUGUUCAAAAUGUUUUUCUGGUUUGGUUACUGCAACAGCUCACUAAAUCCUGUUAUUUACACUAUUUUCAAUAAUGACUUCAGGAGGUCUUUUAAAAAGAUCCUUUGCAAAACAAACAGAAGAGGCUUAUGAAUAAGGUUUUUGUGCAUGAACUUCAAAAACUGCAUUGUUGGUCCUCUACAUUAAGGCUCAAAGCCAGUGUAAAUAUUACAUUAAAAUUAUGUUAGAAGAUGUUUAUUGAAUGUUUGAAAAAUGUGAAAUGUAGCAUAUACUACUCUUCUGUUUUGACAUUUUGUGUAAUUCCAUGUCAGUAAAUAUUUGUUUUGCAAUAUAAAAAAAUCUCAAAUGUACAAUUUGUUUUACAGCUGGUAUUCCGCCGUGAUAACCUGUGAGUUUACACUUUGACACUGUACAACUGUGAUAACAUGGGUGAUAUGUCUUCUUCUACGUCUGUGUGUGUGGUUUUUUUUUUAUCUAUAAUCUGUCAUGCUUCGGGUCCUAGUGCGAUAAAAUUUAAAGACCGACUGAAAGGAAAGAAAAUUGUGAAAAUGAAAAGAAUAAUGUGGGUAAUAGAAAAGGCAGAUGUCUAAAGCUCAUAUCACAGCACAUGCAAACUGCAUUUAUCAGCUCUUCAAACUGACAGACCACAAUGUAGUUCAAGAAAAUGUUUACUCAUAUUUGUUAUGCAAUAUUUUAUAAAUACUGUAAAUCCACUGAAAUGUCAACAGUGUGUAAACAAACCUGGCAAAUUAUUUUAUUAUGACUGAAAACAAAUUAUGUACAAGAGAAAUGGAAUGUCAAAAUGGAUGCAUGUUAUUUGGAA